GCCAGUUGGCAGCUCUUUAUUUAGCCGUUAUUUGCUCACUGAGGCGCGACUACAGCACCGGCUCCUACAGCGGCCUUAUUAUUACUAUAAUUAUUACUAGUAUUAUUAUUCAUACCUUUUUAGCUUAAUAAUAAUAUUCCUCCAGUAUUAUUAAGAACUACUUCGUGGAGCUUGCUGUGGAAUUAAAAUCUAUAAUUAUGUUUUUUCUUUGUGCGCACAAGAAGCGCUCGGGUGGCAUUUAAAAUACAGAAACAGUUUUUUGUGUCUCUUAUUUUACUGUCGUUCACUUUUAUUUAUUUUCUUUAACUGAAGAAAAAAAUAUAUACAGAAGAGGAAAUAAAAAAAAAAAAAAAAAACUGGAAGUCGGGAGCGCUCGCCUGCGUGCGGGAGAGAAAGGGGUUAAGGAGAGUUUCAGGAUGGAAGAGAAAGAUCAGAGCAGCAGAGAUGCAGGAGACGAAUCAAACCGAGCCAUCCUGCCGCUGCUCGAGCCUCCCGGAAAUCUGCACCGGAUCACCAACUUCUACAUCGACAACAUUUUGCGCCCGGACUUCGGACGCAGGAAAGAAAGCGCCGCCGCAGCCAACGCGACCGAGCGCAGCGACAUUAACGCGUCCGGGAGAGAGAACCGGUGUCCGUCAGAGGCGGGGACCGACACAGACCGAGCAGGAUCACCGGAGUCGGGGGAAGGAGCAUCGAACCCCGCCGUCAGCGGCACGAAGCCCGGGGCGGAAAGCGGCGCGGAUCAGUGCGCAAACUCGCCCAAUAACCAGCAGAUGCUGUGGCCAGCCUGGGUUUACUGCACCAGAUACUCGGACAGACCCUCAUCAGGGCCCCGAUCGCGCAGACCAAAGAAGAAGACUGUGACUCGGGAGGAUAAGCGGCCCCGCACGGCCUUCACGGCGGAGCAGCUGCAGCGGCUGAAGGCGGAGUUCCAGUCGAACCGGUACCUGACGGAGCAGCGGAGACAGAGCCUCGCCACCGAACUGCAGCUCAACGAGGCCCAGAUCAAAAUCUGGUUCCAGAACAAGAGGGCCAAAAUCAAGAAGGCGUCGGGCACCAAGAACACACUGGCGCUGCACCUGAUGGCGCAGGGGCUGUACAACCACGCCACCACCGCCAAGGACGACAAAUCAGACAGCGACUGAUCACAGCGCGUCAUAACGCGUCAUAGCGCGCGCAUAGACCUGAACCAUGAGCGGCCUGGGUGCUCUGAGAAACCAGCAGAAACGGACUGGAUGAGCUUUUAUCACUCUGCAAUACCUUUCUGUAGCCUUUCAUUUACUGUGGUGUGAGUUUGAUUUGUGUUUUUUAAAUUAUUAUUAUUAUUAUUAUUAUUAUUAUUAUUAUUAUUAUUAUUAUUAUUAUUAUUGCAAACAUAAACUCUGCUGUCCACACAGGUGAAGUAGCCUACACUCUCGGAGAAAAGGGUACUACAUGUUACCAUUCCCUGUCGCUGUACUGGUGCCAUCCAGUGUACACUUUUAGUACCUUUAGUGCGCAUCUUUAAAGCCUAAAAGACACCCGCGGUCCAGUUAUGCAUCCUAACUCUCUGAAUAAAGAUCACUCCUUCCACAUUUCCAGGUGAAACAAUGAGGUUCACUUUAGUACCCUUUCUUCUCAGAGUGUUUACGAGUUUUUAAUGUAAAACGAAGCGCUUCUGACUGACUCCUGAUCGUCUUUAAUCCAUGCUGAAGUCCAAAGAGUUUUUCAUUUCCUUGCUGCAUUCAGGCAACUGUGAUUUAAAAACGUGUUUAUGUCCUUUUUCCAUGUUUAAUGUCUAAUGUUAUGAUUGCGGAAGAAUAUUUUUUAAGUUUUACUGAUUGUUUUUUUGUGUGUGUGUGUGUGUUUAAGCUGGAAUUAAAAAAGUAACGCAGCAUAUGGAUAUGUGUACACAUUAUACGCAUUAUUAUACUGUAUUUAUAGGUUUAUAAGGAAAAGGUCUAUUUAACUUUGUUACAGGUUACACCAUUAUUAUGUUCGCACACAACACGGUCUCGCGCGAGGAAAUUCGUAGGAAUUCG